AUGGCGUCGUACAGCGUGCAGCCGCGGCUCGACUACCGGACCAUCGAGGGCGUCAACGGCCCGCUGGUGAUCCUGGAGAACGUGAAGAUGCCCAAGUUCGCGGAGAUCGUGCACCUGACCCUCGGGUCCGGCGAGAAGCGGAGCGGCCAGGUGCUCGAGGUCAGCGGGUCGCGCGCGGUUGUCCAGGUCUUCGAGGGCACGUCGGACAUCGACAACCGGCACACGCACUGCGAGUUCACGGGCGACGUGCUCAAGAUGCCCAUCAGCGAGGAGAUGCUCGGGCGGUCCUUCAACGGGUCCGGCAAGGUCAUCGACAACGCGCCGGCGGUGCUCGCCGAGGACUACCUCGACAUCAACGGCACGCCCAUCAACCCGAGCUGCCGCGACUACCCCAAGGCCAUGAUCCAGACGGGCAUCUCCGCCAUCGACGUCAUGAACUCCAUCGCGCGCGGCCAGAAGAUCCCGCUCUUCUCCGCCGCGGGGUUGCCGCACAACGAGGUCGCGGCGCAGAUCGCGCGCCAGGCGUCGCUCGUCCAGCUCAAGGACACCAUGGACGGCCACGAGGAGAACUUCGCGCUCUGCUUCGGCGCCAUGGGCGUCAACAUGGAGACCGCGCGCUUCUUCCGCAACGACUUCGAGGAGAGCGGCGCGAUGCAGCGGACCGUGCUCUUCCUCAACCUGGCCAACGACCCGACCAUCGAGCGCAUCAUCACGCCGCGCCUGGCGCUGACGACGGCGGAGUAUUUGGCCUACGAGAAGGACCUCCACGUGCUGACGAUCCUCACGGACAUGUCGUCGUACGCGGACGCGCUCCGCGAGGUCUCGGCCGCGCGCGAGGAGGUGCCCGGCCGCCGCGGCUACCCCGGCUACAUGUACACGGACCUGUCGACCAUCUACGAGCGCGCGGGGCGCGUCGACGGCCGCAACGGCUCCAUCACGCAGCUCCCGAUCCUCACGAUGCCGAACGACGACAUCACGCACCCGAUCCCCGACCUCACGGGCUACAUCACCGAGGGCCAGAUCUACCUGGACCGCCAGAUGCACAACAAGGAGAUCUUCCCGCCCAUCAACGUGCUCCCGUCGCUGAGCCGCCUCAUGAAGAGCGCCAUCGGCGAGGGCAUGACGCGCGACGACCACGGCGCGGUGUCGAACCAGCUCUACGCGUCCUACGCCAUGGGCCGCGACGUGUUGGCCAUGAAGGCCGUCGUCGGCGAGGAGGCGCUGAGCCUCGACGACCACCUCUACCUCGCGUUCCUCGACCGCUUCGAGGGCAAGUUCGUCGCGCAGGGGCCCUACCAGAACCGCACGAUCUUCGAGUCGUUGGACCUCGCCUGGUCCCUGCUGCGCGCCUUCCCCAAGGAGCUCCUCAAGAAGAUCCCCAAGAAGACGCUCGCGGAGCACUACGCGCGCAAGGCCGCGACGCAGCCGCCGAAGGGCGCCGAGGAGAAGAAGGACUAG